CAACUCAAUGCGCAGGACGAAGAACCAAGGCCAGGCGCAUGCCAGACAAAGACCGUGCUUCCUGGAUCAGAACAUAGUAGGAGUAGGUAGCGACACUUGAAUUUGCACAACGACAACGUUAGCCUUGGUCAUUGAUUUUGUUACGACAGAACGAUAUUACAUACAGGGAUAGCGAAUAAAAUGCAGGACUCCACUUCCUCCUCGGCAAAAGCUGCCGAAAAAACCGACGGACUGCUGAUCCCGACAGGAGUGGUUGAGAUAUCUUCAAGCAAUAAGCGGCAAGCGGAACAAGCAAUGAUUUCCAACGACCAGGAUUGUUCUAUGAGCAGUCCGAGCACUACAAGCUCGAGUGACGCGCUCCCGUCUCUGAACUCGAGCGACACGAGCUGUGAUCAUGCCAAACUAGAAUUGAAGGGCGGCUCCGAGGACGUGACUGCUGGCCUAGAGAAGAAUAUCCAGCACGAUAAACGACCCGACCCGGCUGUAGCGACAACUACUCCGGUUGCCAUGCCCGUCGCAGGAGUCUCUCCUGAAAGAGACCACGAGCCAGACAGUUCGAUGAAUACUAGGGACCCGAAAGUCCGCAAAGUCGAGAGCCACGACGACUACUUUUUUAGCGAGUACGACAAUCUCGCGGUGCACAAACUGAUGCUGACCGACAAAGCCCGGAUGGACGCGUACAGCAGUGCGAUCCUUCAGCUGAAGGAAAAAAUAGAAGGCAAAAACUGCAUCGACGUGGGGACCGGAACUAGCAUUCUCGCCAUGCUGAUGGUGAAACUCGGCAACUGCAAGCACAUCCACGCGAUCGAGGCCUGUCCGAAGGUGGGCGCGAUUGCGAGGAAACUGUUGGAAGCGAAUCCGGAGCUGAAGAAGCGGAUCACGCUGUGGAACUGCAAGGUGGAGGAAGUUCCGGUUUUGGAGAGCGACAACAUUGAUGGAAGUGAGGCGAGUUUCUCGAGUGCACCUAGUACAAAAACCCCAAAAGCAGGCAUCGUCAAGCAGUCCAUCGACGUGAUCGUCAGCGAGUGGAUGGGUUUCCACUUGCUCCACGAGGGGGUUCUGGACACGAUCCUUUUCGCGCGGGACCGGUUUCUGAAGCCCGAUACUGGCCUUAUCAUGCCCGACACCUGUGAAAUUUUCUGCGCCCCGAUGGACUUGACGAAAUAUUUGCAGGAGAGCAAGGAGGAAACCCUCGGGUACUUUCACCCCGACAGCUUCUUCGGCUUGGCCGGUUUCGAGGAUUUGUUCGGACGAGUCAGGAGCAACCCGUUGUACGAGCCGCCGCACUUGCACGAGGAGCCGGACGUGGUGCGGGGAAUCGCCGCCGACGAGCUGUUCGUUGACAUCACUACGGAGGAGUUCAACAAAGACCCGUUUGUCUCGUUGGAUUUGUACAAGUGUCAGCCACGGGAUCUGGAUCGGGUAGAGCGAAGAAUCUUCCGUUGUACUUCUGCGGCGCAAGAACAGCGAGAAGCGAACAAAAGCGAGGCGAUAUCGUCGGAGGACGCAUCAAUUGUAGAGCCGAACAGAUUUGUGUGCGAGAAAGACGGGAUUUUCGGUGCCGUUGGGAUUUGGUUCAAGUGCAUCUUCCCGGCGCCCGGGGCGGGUUUCAGCGAGAAGUACCCCUUUGAACAUGAGGAGGACAAAGCCAAGAAAAGGAUCGUUCUCUCCACCAGUCCGGAACACCUAAUGACCCACUGGAAGCAGACGAUUUUGUUUCUGAAGAACCCGGAGGAUAACGACAGACUGUUUAACUUCGAAGCGAAAAAGGGCGACUUGAUUGAAUUCGGCCUGGCCUUGAAAAGAGAACCGGAAGAAAACAAUCGCCACUAUGAAAUCGAGUUUGAAAUGUGAUAGACCGCCUUACAACUAUCUGAUGAAAUAAAUCGUGAGUUGCUAUUUUCAGCCACCAGAGGUGAAAGAUGAUUAGGUUCAAACUUCAAGUUGUGGAGUCCUCUACAUUUUCAUUCGUUAGCAGGAUCAAAAAGACGAGAGCCAACAAGUGUUCGGAUAAUUCUGCCGAGCCUGCUGCUCCUCGAUGCUCAAAAGUCCGUCUCCGUCGGUG